AUGGCGGGUCUCUAUUCAUCUCUGAGACCCACUUAUUCUUCUUCCUUCUCUUCUUCGUCUUCUUCACAGACCUUCAUUUCCAGACUCCUUUUGUUACUCACAGUCCUCCCUCUAACCCUCGCCGCCUUCGCCUACGUCCUCCAAUGGCGAGGCGGUGUCGAUGAACCCACGUCUCGUUGGUCUCCCGACCACCGAGAUUUCAUGAGAUUGGGGAUUUCUGGACCCGUCCGUUCCUCCUCAUUCUCCUCCUCCUCCUCCUCGUCUUCUUCGGAUUGUGUUGAUGUUCUUGGUCGCAGUAAUUUGCCUUCCUUUCCGUAUUUCAGGGAUUGGAAAUUUAGUUAUCCGUCUGAUCAGAGGCCUAAGAUAUGUAUUACUACAAGCACUUCUGCUGGCCUAGAGCAGGCUCUACCAUGGAUCUUUUAUCAUAAAGUUAUCGGUGUUACGACCUUUUUUAUGUUUGUGGAAGGAAAAGCUGCAUCACCCAAUGUAGCUAACGUCCUAGAAUCCAUUCCAGGAGUAAAAGUUAUAUACAGAACAAAAGAACUUGAGGAGCAACAAGCUAAAAGCCGGAUCUGGAAUGAGACUUGGUUAGCGAACUUCUUCUACAAACCGUGCAACAAUGAGUUAUUUGUCAAGCAAUCCCUCAAUAUGGAAAUGGGUAUUGCCAUGGCGAGGGAAGCUGGCAUGGAUUGGAUCCUCCAUCUUGACACUGAUGAGCUAAUACAUCCAGCCGGCGCUUCUGAGUAUUCUGUCAGGCAGGUGCUGUCAGAUGUGCCUAAAAAUAUUGAUAUCGUUGUCUUUCCAAAUUACGAGAGUAGUGUUGAGCGUGAUAACAUAAAGGAACCUUUCACUGAGGUUUCAAUGUUCAAGAGGAACUAUGACCAUCUUCCAAAGGAGACAUACUUUGGCUAUUAUAAAGAAGCAACCCGUGGUAAUCCAAACUAUUUUUUGACUUAUGGGAAUGGGAAAGCAGCUGCUCGCGUUCAAGAUCAUCUUCGUUCUAAUGGUGCACAUAGAUGGCAGAACUACAUGAAGUCUCCAACUGAAAUCAAGUUGGAUGAAGCGGCUGUUCUGCAUUACACGUACCCCAAAUUUUCAGAUUUGACUUCAAGACGUGAUCGGUGUGGCUGCAAGCCUACAGAGGAGGAUGUUAAAAGAUGCUUCAUGUUGGAUUUUGACAGAGCAGCAUUCAUAAUUGCUUCAACUGUGACAGAGGAGGAAAUGCUUUACUGGUACCGUGAACAUGUCGUGUGGACUGACAAAAAACUGAUUGUGAAACUUCUAAAGAGAGGCAUCUUGACUCGCAUUUAUGCUCCCAUGAUAAUUAUACAAGGAUUGAGGGAAUCUGGUGUUUUCAGUUCUGUAAUUGCUUCGGCACAGACAACUCGUUCAAAGGAUAACCAUUUAUCAUCCACCAAGAGUGGUAACACCUCUAGAGCCAUCGAAUCUGGGGAAGUUGUUUCAAGAAAGAUUGGAAAAAGUAGGGUAUAUGAAGCAACUGCAAGGAAGAUUUUGGAGACUACAGAAACUGAUUCUCAUGCAGUUCCGCCAUUAUCUCCUCCUGGCAUGGCUGAUAAUGUCAUUGAUAUAUAGUACAAUUUUUAUAUAGAAUAACUCAUCUUUAUGGCUUGCUAUCUUCUUGCUUGAAAGUGGUCUUUGCUCUGAAGAUCUAAAGUAUACAAAAAGGAACACACACACACACACAGAAAGGUGAUGGGGUUCUUUGGUGUUGAAUUUCACGGGGAUGUUCCCGAUCUUUAACCAAGCGCUGGUGUACAUUUCAGGCUCAGAUUGUAGGUUUUUGAUUGAGAGAUGAAGAACAGGAUUCUGAUUGCAGAUUCAUAUUUUCUUUAAGAUCUCAUAGAUGCUUGCAAAGUAUUUCUGAUAUAUAAGUAUUUUUGGCCUUAUUUUAUU